GCGACCACUGAAGAAAAGGAAGAAGUGUAUGAUCACAUGACGACUCUUGUUCGCAGUCAACACAAGCUGAACACUUCUAUCAAAGGAAUGCAAUGAACACUCAUGUCGGAGCGGAACCCGGUAUAACGUUGAUUGUGCACUCGGUUCACAAAUCUUUUUUUUUAGCAUAAGGAUGUCAUCCGGUCAGAUUGUCCAGUCAACGCUUGUGCACAGACUUGCCACAUUACUGCGAAAUAAUGGUGACUCAGUGCUGGAUGGUUCCAGUACUCUUACUCUCCAAGUGGGAUGUUUACAACACUUGACACAACUCUUUGAACAGCAUCUUCUCACACGCUCACAUCAGCAUGGUUUCCUGGCUCUGCCGUCCCACCCAGCAGACACUGCCUCCAUGCUGGAGGUCCAGUUCCUCUUUGACAUGUUGCAGAAGACAGUAUCACUCAAGCUUGUUAAUCCACUUGGUGCCAAAGUGCAGUCUGCUGUGAAAAUCUUCCCCUUCAAGUCCCUCAGAUACUUAGAGCUCAAGCGAAUUCCUCCCCAUUGUCUGGAGGGUCUUAGAGGAGUAUAUUCUCAGCUGGAAGUCUUCAAUUGGUCAAAAGGCCUCAGCUCACUAGAGGAGCUUCUCUCUCUGUGUGGAGGAGAUCUCAGUUUUGCUUUACCCUGGUUAGAACUUCACACCCUCAAUUUCAGUUACAACUCUAUUUCCUGUCUCGACAAGUCACUAAGUCUGCUAAAUGUCCUGAAGUGGCUUGACCUGAGCCACAACAAGAUCCAGGACUGUGCUGAGUUCUUAGUGCCUCUUACUGAACUAGAGCAUUUGAAUUUAUCCUAUAAUAACCUCCAGAGGGCACCAGUGCUGGGCCUGAGUGCCCAAGCCAAACUCACCACAUUGGUCCUUAGAAACAAUGAGCUGGAAACUAUAAAUGGGAUGGAGCAGUUAUCAGCCCUUCGGUGUCUUGACUUGGCUUAUAAUCUUCUUAUGGAGCAUGCUCAGCUUGUGUCACUGUCUUUCCUUCAUAAUCUCAAUAUGCUAACUUUGAAAGGAAACCCUCUGUAUUUUCAGAAGACACACAGGGCCUCUACUGUGCGACACCUCUCUCCACGAGCUGCUUUCCAAGGAUUCCAACUGGAUGGCACCCGUCUGUCCCCGUCUGAUCUGGUGAUUUUACCAAAACCUGGACAACUGACUGGUCAGGUUUCCCUCCCUGCUCAGCAAGUUUCUAUGGCACCUGACCGUGGAGGGCAGGAACUGUCCACUGUAGGCGAGGACAUGACUGACAGUGCGACUGCAAGCAUACCAGGAGUGAAUCUAGUCCGUAAAAGAAAACACAAAAACAAGGUGAAAGUGAGAAGAGCCAGUAUCUCAGAGCCCAGUGACACGGACCAUGAGCUCAGAGGGCCGUCUGCUUUACAGGAUAUUGUCCUCCCCCAUCAGAAGGACAUUAACAGAAUGGACAGUUUCCGGGAGCAGCUGGGGGAGGACUGGCUCAGCUACCAGCAUCACCUUGAUGAUACUCCAGUCCUCCCAGCUUUCCCCAGAGUAGACAUGGUGACCUUUGAAGGGAACGCCAACUGUUACUCUACCCCACCAUCUCCCCUGCUUAAAAAUAGCAUGUUGCUCCCUCCUCCGCUACGGUCCUCUGAACCUAGAGCGGAAGAGGACAAAGAGGAGAUGGAGGGCACAGACCUGCAGAUUGAGACAGAGUCCACCCUGCAGUGGACAGGCCACAGUCCUCCAAACACUGAAUCUACUCUCGAGAUGAGUCUAGGACUCACUCAGGCUCCAGUUGAAGCCCACGCUGACCCACCACCACCAGAGGAAGAGGAUGACGACAGGGGAGUGGACCUGUGCAGGCCAAUGCUGGUGGGGCUGCUGUCUGAGGAUGCAGAGACAGAUGGAAAAAGUUCCUCUGAGCUACUUUUCCUGCGAGUGCGGCAGAGCUACCUGCUGGAGGUAGACAUGCACCAGGGACGAGUUACAACACGACUGGAACUAGAUGGCUUGCGAGAGGUCAUUACAGCUCAGACCGUCUGUACAGUAAAGGAGGUGGAGGGGAUUCAUCCAGUCCUGGAGCUCCAUUUCCGGUACAUUAGCUGUGAGAGACGUAAACGUUGCUACAUAAUGCUGGAUGAUGAACCGCAGGAAGCGUUACAGGUAUUAGCAGAGGUUCUCUCCAGAGUUGCGGAGGAAAACGAGCUGCAGGUAAAGGAAGAAAAGCCAGAAAUGGUUCGACUCCAGUGCUUGAAGUGCCAGAGCGAGUUCUGCCGACCAGCUGCUGGGUCAGAAAUCAGCUUUAACGACCUGGAUGAGCCAAGGAAUGACAGUUGUACUCUCAUCUGCUCAGAGUGCAAUAGCAAUCAUGUGGUUCAGCUGGCUGUCCAAUUAGCUCCCUCGACCAGUACACCAAUUCACUGUCCACUGGACCAAAAUGGUGACAGAUACUUCACCUUUGAUGACAGGGACACACCUGUCCGUCCUCAGCACGAGGCAUCUGUCCCGGGACAGUCUUUAUUAUCCUGUAACAGUCCCCUACAUUUGACCCAGUCUUUAGAGGUCUCUGCUCUGCAAGAGGGAGCCACAGCUUUCUUCCAAACAGCCCAUAGCGUCCUGUCCAAUUCUUUAACCAAUCAGAGUGAGGCAUGGGCUGAUCAGAGCACAUCUCAGCCAAUCAGCGUGGACACAACUGAUGGAAAUAUGCAUGGUAGCUCAGAAGGGCUUAAGGAAAGGGUGACUGGCAGCUCCUACCACAACAGGUUUCACAAACAUCAAUACCAGCAGUCACCGAUGCGCACAGAAGGAUCUAACUAUGAUCAGUUUGAUAUGCUGUCAGAGGCAGUCGACCAUCGGCUUCAGCUUUACCUGGAUAUGGAAGUGUUUAAAGGAGAAGAAGUGCUUCGCUGCUUUUUAAAGAUGUCCAUUGUGAAGUUUGGAGAUGCAGUGGAGUUCCAGUCUCUCAUGGCUGUGUCCAACCAGCACAUCUACAUCUUAGAAAUCACCUCGCAGUCCGAAGGUCCACUCUCAGACUGGCUCCAGAAAAGAGAGAGCCAUCGGUUGUGUGAGCUCAGCUAUCUGGAGGUGGGUCUGAGCUCUCAGACCAUCCACAUGGAGUUUGACGAGGGAGCAGCAGCAUACACACUGCUAGUGCGAAACAGUACUCGCUGCAAAUGGUUCUUCAGCAAGCUUACAGAAAUCGCAAAAGAAUUGGCCCCAAAGUCUAACAGCAAGCUGAAGGGCAUCUCCACCAUGCGGCUGGACCAACGACACCACCUCUGGCAUUUAGUUUGUGAUGAUGCCCAGCCAUGUGGUAAAGAAGGCAACCAUCCCUCCUUCCGGUACCUCCUUGCAUUUCUUCAGCAAGAUGGCUUUUUGGACUCUGUGAGUGUACUAGCCACCAAAGAAAUGCUCUUCCUCCUUGAUGAAGACCACCAGUGGAGCAAGAGCCAACCUGAGGGACAAACGACCAGCGGAAAGGUGACCAUUCAGGAAACCCAGCCAAUCAGCUGUGUCAGUUCCAUUCAUCUUUUCUCGUCCGAUCCAUGCCGUGUGGACUUAAAACUUUAUGAUGAGAUGGCCAAGAAAGAAAAGACUUUGUCUUUACUUGCCGAAGAUGUAGAGCUGGUGCAAGAUUUACUGGACUGGAUCAAACAUCAAUGGGAAGCCAUGUUUGGGGUCAAACUGGCUACUGUCAAGCAGUAGCCAUGAUGUUACAGAAACACACCUCUAUUAUAAGGCUAAAAGCAUGUGGACAACCCCUUCUAAUAAAUGGGUUUGGCUGUUCCUGUUAUUCCGGUAAAAACAAAUCUUAAUGCUACACCAUAGAAUGACAUUCUUGAGAAUUCAGUGCUUCCACUUCAUUGAAACAGUUUGGGAAGGUCCUUUUCUGUUCCAUAAUGGCAGUGCCUUGUGCACAAAGUGAGGUCCAUAAAGAUAUGUUUUAGUAAAGACCAAAGUAUACUUUGGCUUUCCACUUGCUGGUAUGUCUCGCACACUGUACAUAUGAUGCAGAUUUCUACAUCCGCACAGUGUGCGUAGACUUUUCAUGAGCAAAGCAUUCAUAAUGUGUAUGCGUCUCGUCUGGUGUUGAAGAACUUGACUGGCCUGCUUAAAGCCCACACUUGAAACACUAUUGAACACCUUUGGGAUGAAUCUGAAUGUGGACUGCAAGCCAGGCCCUGCCACCCAACCUUAGUACAUGAGCUCUGUGAUGUUCUUGUGUCUUGUAGAACUUUUCAUUUCAAAAGCAUGGGCAUUAAUCCCUUCCUUUGCUACUAUAACAGCUGUCACUCUUCUGGUAAGGCUUUCCACUAGAUGUUGGAAUAUGGAUGUUGGCAUUUGCUCCCAUUCGGAGACAUAAGCUUUAGGGAGUUUAGACAGUGACGUUGGGUCAUAGUGCCUGGUUCUCAAUCCGCAUUCCAAUUCAUCCCAAAGGUGUUCAGUGCCGUUUAGGUCUGGGAUUUGGGCAGACCCGUCAAGUUUUUCCACACCAUACUUAUUAAACCAUUUCUAUAUGGACCACACCAUGUGCACAAGGGCAUUGUCAUGCUAUAGCAGAAAAGGGCUCUUCCCAAACUGUUGUCACAAGAAUGUCAUUGUAGAUUGUUUCAUUAUGAUUUGUCUUCACAGAAAUGUCUGGAGUAGCCAAAACAUUAAUUAGAAGAGGAUGUCCACAUACGUUUGGUCAUAUAUUGUACCUUACACAAUGAAGAUUAAUGCCUGAUCAUAAACCUGCAUCUGAGCUGUCUUAUUGUCUUGGUGUAAAUGUAGAUUGUCUGUCUAUCUGUCUGCCACUGUGUUCUCCCCACAAACUGCCUCAUUAAUAUCUCUUAGUGCUGACAUGUAGAAGUUUCUCUCAACCAUGCAUGAAUCAUGCAGUGACAAAUUUGGGUAUAGUGCCUUUUUUUGCUUUGUACAACAAAACACCCUGACCUAGUUUAUUACGCAUAACUAUGCAUGCACAAGCAGUUGAUGUAGUGUUACGGUUAGGUGGUGUAAAUGUUUGAAUUGAGGUGUAUUUAUCACAUGGUGAAAAGCAUUUAGCUCUACUCUCAGAAAGGUUCAAUGGUGGUUUAUGAAGGUCACAGGAUAAUUACGGGUUUCCUUAAGUGUUGGUUGUGUUAAUGCCAUGUGAGUUAAGACAUGUCCUGACCUAAAAUACCAUUUUUAAAACUUUCAGUUCUUGAAAAAGUUUAUAAAUUGCAAAUUGGUACUUGGUGUACACGAUUCUUUAUGAUGAAAUGUAUUACUUGAAGUGUGUUGUGUGUGUGUGUUUUGAUUCGUUUUAUAAGGAAAUAGGCAGAAGAGCUCGUUAGUGGAUGCGUGACUGUUCUGUCCCUCCAGUUAAAAAUGUAUACUAUACUGCUUCUAUAUGGAGAGACCAAAAAAGAAGCUAAUUACUGUUCUUCAAAUCUCAGUGGUCAAAGGGAAAAUAAAUCUGACAUGACAUUUUGAAUGUUAAAAGACAAAAUGGUCUAGAAUUUAGUAAAACUUCUGAAGUCGUGUAUUGUAAAGUUUAGUCAAUUAAGUCAUUUGUGUCAUUAAAAUGUAAUGCACUUUUAUGUGUUUAUAAUUGCUCAACAUAUUGUCAGUCAUUCUAAAAAUGUAUUAAAGGUGUAUUUAUUACUUUCUA